CAAUCCCGGCUCCGGCCUGCGGUGACGUCAUGAGCGUCUUGCUACCAAACAUGGCGGACUUUGAUACCAUAUACGAGUUGGAUGAGGAGGAAGAGGAUGAUGGCGAGGACAGGGAAACGGGCUCAGGUCGAGUGGUGGCUGAGGAACAUUUACUCCGCUACGCGCCAGACCCGGUGGUGGUGAGGGGAGCCGGACAUAUUACCGUGUUUGGUUUAAGCAACAAAUUUGAUGCCGAAUUCCCUUCUGUUUUGACAGGAAAGGUUGCUCCACAGGAGUUUAAAAUCAGUAUUGGUCGUGUAAAUACCUGCUUAAGAAAGAAUCUCCCUCUCAAUGUGAAAUGGCUGCUAUGUGGCUGUAUCUGCUGCUGUUGUACAUUAGGCUUCAGUUUGUGGCCUGUUAUAUGCCUGAAUAAAAGGACAAGGAGAUCCAUUUACAAACUUUUGGACUGGGAGAAUAACAGAUUAUAUCACAAGCUCGGCUUGCAUUGGAAACUAAGCAGACGGAAAUGUGAAUCAAACAAUAUGAUGGAAUACGUUAUACUUAUAGAAUUCUUACCAAAGUACCCAAUAUUUCGACCGGAUUGAAGAUAAUGUGCUCCUGCUUCAUUUCAUAAUAUUUUGUUACUGGUCAUUCCUACCCUUAGUGCCUUUUUAGAUGGUUUGUGGAAAGAAAAGGUAUACUACUGUGUUUUAAAAACACAAAAUGGGUGUUGUUUUUUUGUAUAGCAGUAUAGUAUCCUAAUAGCUUCUGUAUUUUUUACAUGUAUAAAGAAAAUCAAGAUUUGCACACUUAUUUUUUACGUUAAGGGAAGCUUUCUGUGUUGCACUUCAUUUUGCCCGUAUAGUGCAAGUGUUAGGCAGUUCAUUAUGCUGUAAGCACUUCCCACUGACGGCAUUAUUAUUCUAUAUACACUCAUUCAUGUAUAUAGUUACAGUUAGGGACAUGCAUAAGUGCUGCUUUACCUCUAGCUUAUUGCCUUAUUGUACCUAUGUCUCUUUUCCUAUUGCAUCGUAUCAUUUCAGGUUUUUUUUUGUUUUUUUUUACUACAGACU